GUUGCCAUAGUGACUGAGAGUAACACCCAGUGUAAACCCGAGACCCUGAAGCAAUGGCUACUUUAGCCAGACUGCAAGGUCGGUCGGCAGUUAUACGAAACCAGUACUACUAUAGGAACAGUGUUGUGAAUCAGUUUAGGAAGAAGGAAAAUGAUGCAGCAAUCAAAAUCCAGAGCUGGUUCCGAGGAUGUAAAGUUCGGGCAUAUAUCAGGUAUUUAUACAAAAAAGUAACAAUUAUUCAAAAAUGGUGGAGAAGUUACUUAGGCAGACAACAAUAUCAACUAAUGGUGAAGGUAGCAUAUUAUACUAUGAAGAUGAAUCUCUACAAUACAAUGGCUGUCAGGAUUCAGAGACGAUGGCGAGGCUAUAGGAUUCGGAAAUACUGCUUUAAUUAUUAUUAUCUGAAGGAAUAUUUGAAAGCUGUGUCCGAGACGAAUGAUGUAAUCAGGGAAGCACUAGAAGAGUUUGCAGAGAUGAAAGAAAAAGAAGAGAGGAAGGCCGACCUCGAAAGGGAAGAGAAGAAAAGAGAUUACCAAGCCCGAAAGAUGCAUUACCUCCUCAGCACAAAGCAGAUUCCAGGUGUUUAUAACUCUCCAUUCAGAAGAGAGCCUGACCCAUGGGAGUUGCAGUUACAAAAGGCAAAGCCUUUAACUCACCGAAAACCCAACAUUAAGCAGAAAUGCUCCAUAAACCUUAGCAGUUGGCUAGAGUGUACAAGAUCCCGGUCUUUUCCUCAAUCUGAAAUUCUGCCACCCAUCAACAGAAAACAAUGUCAGGGGCCCUUUCGUGAUCUCUCUGAAGUACUGCAGCAACGCUACAAGCCUUUGGAGCCAACCUUGCGGGUUGCAGAACCAAUAAGUGAAUUAAAGGAAGCCAGAGAGGCAUUCAGAAGAGAAGAAUUGGUACUUAACAUACAUGAAAAUGUAUUUUUGCCAUUUUCUACCUACCAUAAAAACAAAGAAAAGUACAGGCCCUCAGUGCAUUCCUCAAGCAAGUAUGGCGCUGCAUCUUAUGGGCACCAACAUUUCCGAGAUGAAAACCCUCAAAAGUGGGUCAAUUCCAAGUGUUAUGUUCUUAUGCUUCUAACGUAA